AUGAGAGGGCACGGACGUUGCCCUGGGGAUCACGGGCCGGCAGCGCCGCCCUCAGGGUCUCGCACCGUCUCUGCGCGGACAGUUCUCAAGUGUGCCCGGAGCACCUCCCCCCACCAGCCCCCGGCCGGGCCUGUGGCAAAGGACUGCCGGGAGGAAGCAGCUUGUGGCCUCUCGGGCCCCACCCGCUGCCCCCCAUCAGGAUGUCUUAGUAGUCUGCUGCUAGGCUGUCUCGGGGCCCUUGAAGAGCUCCAGCGAGCUGUGGUCCCCAGACCUCGGGGCCUGGCGCCCCUCAUGCGGAAACCACAGCUGUACAAAACCAGGUGCCGCGGGGCAGGUAGCAAGCUCAAUGCGGAUGAAAUCCGGAGAGAAAAAAAGGUGUCAACCGAGAACGACAGCAACAGGAGCUGCAGUGGAGCAACACGCUCCCAGGAGGCAAGAUCCUCCAGGAAGACUCACAGCUCUCCGAAGGCGGGAGGAAAUCCGCCCCGAGUGAUGUCACGGUACUGGACCCAGACACCAUACUGGGGUGGAAUCAGAAGGCUACAAUUUCAAAUAAGAAUUAAGCAGUCCUCUCUGGGGCGGGAGGGAGCUGAAAUCACAGGCAUCUUCCUGAGUGAGCGGCCCCUGCACAUACUUUACGUGGAUGGGGUGGAUGGGGCACCCCAGGGGCUGGUCCAGGAGUGGCUGUUCCUCGUCUACAGCGGCACUGGCCUGGAGCCGGCUGCCCGGGGCCUGAGCGGCCAUCACGGACACCGAAGGUCUUUGUGCUCAGUUACUCAUGUGAUACCUGCUGCUUCCUAUGGCUUGUCCAGUUUUGGGGUUGUCUUCCGCCAGUCACGGUGCUCCACACCUUGGGCAGCUGGAAGUGGGGAGGCGAUGCUGACCGGGCUCCGGGGCAGCACCAGAACCCAGAAGCACUGGGUCAGCUCCUUCGGGGCCCAGUUGGAACCACUGAGAGCCUUUAAAGGCCGAGGCCCCCACGAUGGGCGUUUCAGCUCUGCCACCAGUUUGGAGCUCCUGACCCUGGUGGAGCGCGGCCUCCCGAACGCCUGCGCCUGA